AUGGUGUUGGACGACAACUGCCGGGGUACAUAUCAAGGGUUGCCCACCCACGUUGGCCUGAGCUGGUUGGCAUCGAGGCCACCAGGUGUGCUGCCCCCAACAUCCGUGACCCUAGAGAAGAGGCAGGAGGCAAGUGGUUGGACUCCUGUCCACACGGAGUCGAUGGAUGAGGCGUUGUGGGACAACCUCGACCGCCUCCAUAAGCAGAGGAAGUGGCGAGAGAAAGGUGUGGCUGAAAGACAGGCUAAACGUCAGCGUCGUGAGGACAAGGAAGUGUUCAGACCAUUUGCACCUUCGAGGACCGGCCCAAACACUAAUAACGCCAUGGCCGGGCCUUCCAAUACCACUCAUAGCCGCGCACCCUCACCAUCCCUUAACACCAAUAUCCCUCCUCCUCCUCAGUCAUCCGCGCCAGAACAACCUGCACCCCCCAACGAUGAUGACGCCAAGAUGACGGAUGGUGAAGCUACUGAAGCAGCCAAGAGGCCGCGCGCGCGAAGGUCAAGGGACGCAUCCCAAAGAAGUAGAGGUCGUAGGACGACCUCUGAAGGGGGGUAUGUGACGGAUGGACUGGUCCAGGCUGAUCACUGA